AUGUCUGACCUUGCGAGCCGUAUCACAAGGCCCGACGAACCGGCCGCUGAUGCCCCCAAGGACGAUGCGGCUGCUUCGAACGCGCAGGUUGAUGGCGCAUCCGCUGCCAUUGGUGGCUCUGCUCUUCACGAAGCCGAUGGUGACGUCGAAGUGACCAUUAGUGGUGCUGACAACGAUGCUCCCAUCUACUCAGCUGCCACUUGGGAUGAUUUGGGAUUGCCGGAGCAGAUUCUGAAAGGCCUCCUCGCACAGAACUUCUUGAAGCCUUCCAAAAUUCAAGGCAAAUCUCUACCGCUCAUGAUGAGCAACCCUCCCAAAAACAUGGUUGCCCAGUCGCAAUCCGGUACCGGCAAGACUGUUGCCUUCCUCACAGCCAGUCUAUCUCGUGUAGACUUCACCCAGCCAGAACGGCCACAGGUUUUGAUCCUGGCUCCUAGCCAAGAACUUGCGGACCAGAUCUACAGGAAUAUUCACACUAUUGGGCGAUUUGUCGAAAAUCUCAAGGUUGCGCUGGCCAUACCCGGGAGGAUUCCUCGAGGCGAAGCAGUUCGAGCUAGCGUUGUAGUUGGUACUCCGGGCACAGUCUUAGAUCUAGGCCGCCGCAAGCAGAUGGAUUGUUCUAAGCUCAAAGUCCUUGUUCUAGACGAGGCUGACAACAUGUUGGACAUGGCUGGUCUUGGCGACCAAUGCCUUCGAGUGAAGCUUCGGCUUAUGCCACCAGACACUCUCGCGAACCUCCAGGUGCUUCUCUUCUCCGCUACGUUCCCGUCACGAGUAAAGCAGUACAUUCCAAAAUUCGCACCUAAUGCGAACAGUUUGACUCUGAAGACGAAAGAACUCACUGUCAAGGGCAUUUCCCAGAUGUUCGUAGACUGCCCGGCGGAAAGUGAGCGGUAUGAUAUUCUUUGCAAGCUGUACGGUUUGAUGACCGUUGCACAGUCGAUUAUUUUCGUAAAGACCCGGAAGAGCGCCAAUGAAAUCCAGCGCCGCAUGACUGACGAUGGCCACAAGGUCACCGUUUUGCACGGAGAAUUCGAGAGCAGUGAGAGACAGGAGUUGCUCGCCAAAUUCCGCAAUGGAGAGAGUAAGGUUCUCAUUACUACUAAUUUGUUGUCCCGUGGUAUCGACGUUUCUAGUGUCUCCAUGGUCAUCAACUACGACAUUCCUAUGAAGCCUGGACCAAAAGGCGAGGAGCCUGACCCCGAAACAUAUUUGCAUCGCAUUGGCCGAACUGGGCGAUUUGGCCGCAUUGGUGUCAGUAUCAGUUUUGUCCACGAUCAAAGGAGUUUUGACUCCCUUAAUGCCAUUGCUACGCACUUUGGCAUCGACUUAGUGAAGUUGCCUACAGACGACUGGGACGAGGCUGAAGAGAAGGUCAAACAGGUUAUCAAGAAGAACAGCGCACAAGCCAACUAUGUACCCAAGGUGGAGGAUAACCAGGCUGAUGCUGCACCAGCUUCUUAG